AUUAUUUCUAUUGAUUCCUCUUGUGUUGGAGCGAAAAUAAAUGAAGACGCCGGAAAAGUUGAAGAGAGAGAGAGAAGCAGAGAGCCCAAUGGAAGGACGUGCAAAAAAGAGGGGUAAUACCGGUAUGGAUGCAGCGCUUGAAUCAAAACGCGGCAAACGCCCCGUGGGAUUUUCCGAGGAAUUGGUUAAAGAAAAGGUCAGAGAGCUUCUCAAUGUUUACGGUGGGGAUGUUGGAUGGAUCUUUAUUGAAGUAUUUUCUUACUCGCUUCUCCUUUAUUACAUUCUUGCACAACAGGAGGAUGAUUCUUCUGCAGCUUCAGCCGUUGGGCCCCCAAAUAAAGUUAGCUUAACCUUAUGCACAAACUCAGAGUUUGUGGAUUUUGUAACGCAAUUCCAGGCUCAGAACCCAGUUGGGCCCCUAAGUGGACUUCGCUUUAAGUUUUGCACUAACUCAGAGUAUGUGGAUGCUAUGUCGCAAUUCCGGGCUAUGGACCCAGCCCCACAGAUAAACGAGGAUGUAGAGAUUGUAUUCGUCCCUUUUGAGGGUGGUGAACAAGCAGCAAGUUCUGGGGGUGGCGGUGGCAAUGGCGGUGGUGAAACUCAUGAGAACAUUCUUUCUCAGCGCCCUCCACAUAUGACCCCAUCCCUGCUACCAGUGGAUAAUCUUCCUACCCAAAGGCAUGGUAAAGAUGAUGUGGAUGAUAUAGGGCUGCCAACACUAGCUGAAUUGCAGGGAACGGAUGAACAGUCGAAGAAAGCGUAAAUCAGGGCGGGAUGUGAGGCCUCAAGAUAUGUAAUUUUCUCUCCCUUUUUUCUCAUGCUCACAUAGCAUCUUUUGUGGAAUGUGUUUUAGUGAUUUCAUAGACCUUCUAAUUCAUGUAUAUAAUAAGGAUUACUGACUGCAUUCUUAGGUUACAAAGAAUAAAUUCAUGGUAGGUUGUAAAAGGAGAGAUUGCUCUGUUCACAUUCAGUGUUCAGGCCAUGCCCCUGUUCAAUUGCUUGUUUUUUCAUUUUCAAAAUCCCUUUUUAUUCUACUCCCUUCACUUGUGCUAAUAAUAAAUUUUCCCAC